AACACUUGAUAAUUUUGUUACGUGUAGACACUGCAAUUCGACAAAUCAAUAACAUGUUAAAACUAAUUGGUCUUAGCUGCCUAUUCGUUACAUGUACCGGCGUUCCAUUCAUUAACUGGAAGAUUGGUGAUCAAAACAGUAACGGAGGGCCAACGAUCUUCAAUAAACUACAGGAUUUCGGUGAAAAGGUUUACGAAGGUAAAAGAAAUUUUCUGAACGGAAUCAACGAGAAGGUUUCAAAUCUGUUGUGGAUUCCACCCUUAUCAACCACUACUGAAUUGAUAGCUACGAGUACGCGGACAACUACAACUACAACUACGACUAAUGCUCCAGUGAAAAUUCCUCAGCACGUUCCGUAUGAGGAAGACGAGCGUUUGAUAUUUUCCAGUAACGAUAAUGACGCCGAUCAUUACACUCUAAACUUGGCUAUUUACGCAAGGAGCAGCUUUCUUUCUCCCGAGGAGUUCAAUCAGGAGCACUCUCUAACUGCCUUCGGGUCGACUCUAGCUGUGAAAGUAAAUAACAACUUUAGUUUGCUGAAAAAUAACUUGUCACAAUAAAUUUAUUUCAAAAAUAUUAAUACGUGAUCGGAUAUAUUGUAUCAUUGAAUAUGUUCGGUUGUUGCUGAUGUUGUUGAUUCAACUGAAUGUUUCGGCAUUGACACGGAUUGCCCGUUCAUGGUCAUUACGGUUGCAGGAGGAUGGUCGCAGCCUACCAUCGCUGAUUCGUACGAGUCCAUCGAAUCUGAGCUGGCAUCGGAGUGGUCGAAAUUCAUUUGCGGCGCUGUAAAAUACCGUGAAUUGUACCGUAAGUGCGGAAAUAUUAUUUAUGUUUAAGUCUAACAUACCUGACUGAGAAUGUAAUACUACGCUUAAUAACAGAAUACACUUGAGUAAGUAUGCCAUAUUGCGUGAGUUUCUUCCAGCGAAUACGCGAAGUCACUGAAGACUUCGAUUUAACUGUGUUCUAUCACAGCAUUCGUUCUACAAUCGAAUUACAAAACAGCGCCAACUGCCGCUGUCACUUAUUCAUGGAACACGAUUACUAUCAAUGAGCCGAACGGUCGUAAACGAGGCGCAGAUUUCUUCAUGUCGUCGAAAUAUUCUUGUAGUGGAACAUGACUGUCUCAUGACAAAUGAGGCUUUCAAAAUUUUUAGUUCGAAAACUUUCGGCCUUUAAAAUAGGGAUUGUUCAUCAAAUUGUAAUAUUUUUUAUGCAAUUGAAUGUCUGUUUUCAGUCAUACGCAUUAAGCAAUAAUAGAGCAGUAAUAUGAUCAGUUUUCUGAAUACGCCACCCGGUAAAGCAUCAUCAUCGUAGGGAAUACAAUGCAUCCGCAUGUGACUGACGUCAUUCGUACUGGUGGCUCUAUCCGAGCAGGAACAAAAAUCGAAAUAAUGUCAAGCUUAGCUAAUGAAAACAGAAUUGCUUCAUGCGGCACAGCUAUUGACCUUGAUUUGGUUGGAGGAGUUCGUGAAAUAACAAUAAAUGAUAAUGAUAAAUUAUCUUGCAAGACAAAAAAUUUAUAUGAAACUAAUAUUUAAAAACGAGUAAUAUAAGUAUUGUAAUCAUAUAUUUUAGAA